AUGGAUCGAGAAAUAGUGAGGAAAAAAUACAUACAAAGAGGUGCUUGCCAACCAAAGAAGCACAAAUUUCCUCAAACAGACUUCGGAGGAGGUACAUUACGUCGCUUUAAUAAAUAUUGGUUUAAUAAGUAUUCUUGGCUUGAUUAUAGUGUUUCAAAAGAUGUUGCAUUUUGCUUUGUUUGUUACUUGUUUAAGAAUGAAACUACCAAAGAUGCAGGAGGAGAUGCAUUUUUUGUUAAUGGGUUUAGAGGUUGGAAUAGGCCAGUUCGGUUUAGAAAACAUGUUGGUGGAAUUAAUAGUGCUCAUAAUCAAGCUUUUCAAAAGUUUGAGAAUUUAAAGAACUUUAAGUCAUCCUUGAAAGUUUCUUUAGACCAACAAACCGAGCAAGCUAAAAGUGAUUACCGAAUCCGCUUGACUACUUCUCUUCAUUGUUUGAGAUUUCUUUUACAUCAAGGAUUGACAUUUCGUGGUCAUGAUGAAUGUGGUGAAUCAAGUAACAAGGGAAAUUUUCUUGAACUUUUGAAUUGGAUUGCGGAAAAGAAUGAUGAUGUGGGAAAUGUUGUUUUGAAAAAUGCACCUAAAAAUAAUCAUAUGAUUGCACAUUUGAUUCAAAAAGAGCUUAUCAAUUAUUGUGCAAAAGAAACUACCAAGGCAAUUGUGGAAGAUCUUGGUAAGGAUUAUUUUGGAAUACUAGUAGAUGAGUCAAGUGAUGUGUCUCAAAAAGAACAAAUGGCUUUGUGUGUCCGUUAUGUUGAUAAAAAAGGAAUGAUAAAGGAACGGUUUCUUGGAAUUGUUCAUGUUGGAGAUACCACAUCUUUGUCUCUUAAAGAAGAUAUUUUUUCUUUGCUUGAUGAGCAUUCUUUGAGGUUUUCAAGAAUUCGUGGGCAAGGGUACGAUGGAGCUAGUAAUAUGAAGGGUGAACUUAAUGGUCUCAAAACUCUAAUCAUGAGAGAAACACAAUUUGCAUACUACAUACAUUGUUUUGCUCACCAACUUCAAUUAACUCUUGUUGUCAUUUCUAGGAAAAAUAAAGAUUGUGGUUGGCUUUUUGAUACACUUGGAGAUUUGUUGAAUGUUGUUGGAUCAUCAUGUAAGCGAAAAGAUUUGCCUAAAGGAAAACAAGCUGAAAAAAUUGCAAAAGCCUUUGAAAAUGGUGAAAUUGUGACUGAAAAAGGUUUAAACCAAUAG